GUGGAAAUAACGAAGCCUGUGGGAAGGAAAACUUCCCUUGGAUAGCCGAAAUGGAAUGGCAUUAAUGAAAGCCUUUGUAAGGGCUUUCAAAGUACCUGCAGACUUUGCUCUUCAAGCUUCCCUCAGUUACAAAUAUAAUUUUGGGGAGUUAUCCUGCACCCCUAAAGGGAAGAAGAACUGGCUGGAAGACUCCACUGAUCUCCAAGGGAGGUGCGCUUUCUUGUUGCCUGAUGGCACAUUGUGUUCUCCCCACGGAUUGCUUUCCCUUGUUUACUUCCUGCAAAAGAAGCUCCUGGCUCAGUUGCAGUAGCGAUGUGGGCAUCCCUGCGAGACCCCAAAGGACAGGCUAGGGCUAGAUCAUCCUAGAGAAAAAAACUUAUGGAUGUGAUGGCUAAGAGUGGAAAACAUUAAAAAAAAGAAAAAAAACACCUUAGAAACUCCUGAUGUGCGUAUUUUCAGCCUCACGUCACUAGGGGGAGCUCUAACAACACGAGCGUCUGGCAAUCCGUCAAUAUAAUAGCGGUAUCCUUGGUGGCUGAGAUCCGACAUUCAACUGGAGGGGGCGCAGCUGAGACAAAAAGAAAGCCAAGAACAGCAAUCUGGAGAACAGAAAAUGAGAAGCAGCCUUAAAAUGCAAAGCAAACCAUCAAUCAAGAUCUUUUCUACUUUCUUCAGGCAGUGUAAAAACUGCUCUUAUCAGAUGACAAACAAGGGAGAGAAUAACGAGCAGUUUUGAGCUGGAAUAAACAGAGAAUAUGGAACUCAAGGAAAUAUUACAUGGGACGUGAAAGGGGAUAAUUUCCAAAUAAAAAGUAGGAAGUACCUGGAAGUCAGUGGGAAGGAAAAGGCCCAGAUGGCCAAAAUGGGCAGGCAUCAAUUAAAGCCUUUGAAGAAGGAAAGAGCGGCAUAAAUCAAAGAACCUCCAGGUAAGAGAUCAGAAAUAUUGUUGGCCGCCUCAAGAAUCCAAGAAUAUUAGUGUUGGAAAAACCCUACAGACAGCUUAUUGUUUGUAAAUCACAACUGAUUAUGGGAAGAGGAUCCACCCAACGAAAAUCCAUACAAAUGUUUGGCGUAUAGCAAAAGCUUUAAUCAGAACAGCUUUCUCAUGAUUCGUGGAAUGAUUUCUACAAAAGAGAAGCUCUACCAGUGCUCCCAAUCUGUUAAGUUGAAACACGAGAUGACGACCAUGGGGAAAAAAACCACAUGAGUGUCCAGAUUGUGGGAAAGGUUUCAAGCAGAAUUCUAAACUGGUGCUCCAUCAGAGGACUCACACAGGAGAGAAACCAUUUGAGUGUCUGUAUUGUGGCAAAGGUUUCAGUCAGAAUUACAACCUGGUGAUACACCAGAGGACCCACACAGGAGAAAAACCAUAUGAAUGUCUGAAUUGUGGCAAAGGUUUCAGUCACAGUUCCUCCCUGGUGAAACACCAGAGGACUCACAUGGUAGAGAAAUUGUAUGAGUGUUCAGAUUGUGAGAAACGUUUGAGUUGCAAUACCCAUCUGAUGGUACAUCAGAGCAUUCUCACAGAAGAAAAAACCUAUGAGUGCCUGGAUUGUGGGAAAAGUUUCAGAUGCAAUUCCUACCUGGUAGAAAACCAGAAGAGUCACAUGGGAGAGAAACCAUAUAAGUGUCCAGAUUGUGAGAAAAGUUUCCAGCAUAAUUCCAAGCUGGUGAUACACCAGAGGACUCACAUGAAAGAGAAACCAUAUAAGUGUGAGGAUUGUGGGGAAAGUUUCAGUCAGAAUUCUUUCCUGGUGAAACACCAUAGGACUCAUACAGGAAAGAAACCAUUUGUAUGUCUGGAUUGUGGCAAAAGUUUCAGUCAGAAUUACUACCUGGUUAUACACAAGAGGACUCACACAGGAGAGAAACCACAUAAGUGUCCAGAUUGUGGAAAACGUUUCAAUUGGAAUUCCGAGCUUGUGGUACAUCAGAGAACACACACAGGAGAGAAACCAUAUAAGUGUCCUGAUUGCGGAAAAGGUUUCAAUCGAAAUUCUAACCUGGUGGUACAUCAGAGAACUCACACGGGGGACAAACAGUACCAGUGCCCAGAUUGUUGUAAAAGUUUCACUCAGAAUUCCUACUUGGUGAAACACCAGAGAAUUCACACAGGAGAAAAAACACAUCAGUGUCCGUUUUGCUGGAAAAGUUUCCUUCGUAAGUCCGGGUUGGUGAUACACCAGAGGAGUCACACAGGAGAAAAACCAUAUGAGACUUGCACUGGCGAGAAACAGUUUGAAUGUUCUGAUUGUGGGAAAUGUUUCACCUGGAAUUCUGAGCUGGUGAUACACCAGAGGACUCACACGGGAGAGAAACCAUAUGAGUGUCCAGAUUGUGGGAAAAGUUUCAGUCAGAAUUCCAAUCUGGUGAGACAUCGGAAGACUCACACAGGAGAAAAACCAUAUGAGUGUCCAGAUUGUGGGAAAAGUUUCUGUCAGAUUUCCUACCUGGUGAAACAUCAGAGAACUCACACGGGAGAGAAACCAUAUGAGUGUCUAUAUUGUGGGAAAAGUUUCAGUCAGAAUUCCCACCUGGUGGAACACCAGAGGACUCACACAGGAGAAAAACCAUAUGAGUGCCUGGAUUGUGGGAAAAGUUUCAGAUGGAAUUUCCACCUGGUGGAACACCAGAGGACUCACACGGGAGAGAAACCGUAUAAAUGUUUAGAUUGUGGGAAAAGUUUCGGUCGGAAGUCUCACCUGGUGGUACAUCAGAGAACUCAUACCGGAGAAAAACGGUAUCACUGUCCAGAUUGUGGGAAAAGUUUCGCUCGGAAUUCCCACCUGCUGAUGCACCAGAAAACUCACACAGGAGAAAAACCAUAUCAGUGUCCAGAUUGUGGGAAAAGUUUCAGUCAGAAUUCCUACCUGGUGAGACACCAGAGGACUCACACAGGAGAAAAACCGUAUAAGUGUCUUGAAUGUGGGAAAAAUUUCAGUUGGAAUUCCAAUUUGGUGAUACACCGGAGGACUCAUACAGGAGAGAAACCGUAUGAAUGUCCGGAUUGUGGGAAAGAUUUCAGUACUAGGUCUAGCCUUAUAAAUCAUGUAAGGUUACACAUAGGGGAGUAAUCAUUCAAAUAACCAGAUUACAGACAGUGUUUUGCACAAAAUUAUUCCCUUAUCACACACAAGAAAUUCCAUCUGAGGCAAAAUUUAAUGUGUGUAGAGGAAUCUUGAAUUUUGUUUCUUUUCUCUCAUUGGAAGCUCAGCUGAACAAUUAACUAUUUAAUUUUUUUGCAUGAUUCCUUUUAGUAAAACAUGUCUUAGUAUCAAACAUGAGAGUGGAAUAGAAUAGAAUAACAGAGUUGGAAGGGACCUUCUAUGCCAUCUAGUCCAACCCAUUGCUCAAGCAUGUUAUCCUAUACCUGUGAUGGCGAACCUAUGACAAAUGUGCCAGAGGAGGCACGCGGAGCCUUCUCUGGGGGCAUGCAGGCUGUUGCCCCAGUUCAGCUCUGCUGUACAUGCACGCGCGCCUCCCACUGGUCUUUGGGUCUCUGCCGUGCAUACGCGAGGGGCGGGCAAGGAGGCAGUGCAUGCACGCUCAGGAGAGGCGCACGCAUGGGCGGGUGUUGGGACGCAUGGGGAGGCUGCACAUGCAUUGCAUUUUGGGGGUUCAGGCGCGCACACGCGCUUUGGGUACUCGGUCCGAAAAAGUUUAGCCAUCACUGUCCUAUACCAUUUCUGACGAGUAGCAGUCACAUCUCUCCUUGAAAGCCUCCAGUGAUGAAGCACUCACAACUUCUGAAGGUGAGUUGUUCGGUUGGUUGGUUGUUAUCACUGUCUCAGAAUGUCUCCUUAUUUCUAGGUUGAAUCUCUCCUUGAUCAGUUUCCAUCCAUUGUUCCUUGUCUGCCCUUUGGGUGCUUUGGAAAAUAGACUGUCCCCCUCUCUUUAUGACAAUCCCUCAAAUAUUGGAAGACUGUUGUGUCACCCCUGGUUCUUCUCUUCACUAGACUGGCCAUGCCCAGUUCUUCUAACCGUUCUUCGUAUGUUUUAGCCAGGAGGCCUCUAAUCUGAUUUGAACUUCCUUUUUCAUUCUUUGUUCUUCGUUUCUCUUUCUUUUCUCUAACCUUAUCUGACCUUCCUUUCUCUGGCCCAGUGUGGUCGUUCCUUAUCACGGAAUCAAGGGGAACUGCUAUGCUGGGCCAGAGUAAAGGAGCUUACAUCUCUUGUUACGUAUGUUUACCGCCUUGAGUUAUUUCUACAUAUAAUAAAGGAUAUAAGCAUGUAUGUAUGUAUGCAUGUAUUUUUACUUAGCAUGAAAAUAUGUAUGGCAGCCCCACUCAUAAUGACUCCACAUGGUUUACAGCAAUAAAACUAAUACAGAAAUCAAUAA